CACUACACUGUGCACGUAGGAGCGCAGGAACUACCCUAGGAAGUGGCAUGAGAGGGGGUGUUCUGGCGAUGAGCAGUUCCCAACUUCCCAUCAUUCUAUGAGUGUCUCAGCAAUGGAUUAUUUAUUUGGACUGCGACGAGGACAAAAAACGUUCAAGCCCCGAAAAAGUAUUCCUGAAGGAACGCAUCGCCAUGAUCUGUCGAAGCACGCCGAGGCCACGUUGGGUAGCGGAGCUGAUCUGCGACAAGCUGUACAAUUGCCUGACGGAGAAGAUCUGAACGAAUGGGUUGCAGUGCACAUCGUCGAUUUCUUCAAUCAGAUUUCUAUGUUGUAUGGUACGAUCACUGAAUUCUGCACGGUCCAGAAGUGUCCUGUGAUGUCCGCUGGACCAAAGUACGAGUAUCACUGGGCCGAUGGACAAACGGUGAAAAAACCUAUCAAGUGUUCCGCACCGCAGUACAUUGACUACCUGAUGACUUGGGUGCAAGAUCAGCUUGAUGACGAAACCCUGUUUCCUUCCAAGAUUGGAGUACCAUUCCCAAAGAAUUUUCUGUCAACAGCGAAGACAAUUCUCAAGCGACUAUUUCGUGUCUAUGCACACGUUUAUCAUCAGCACUUCGAGGAUGUGAUUGCGCUGGAGGAGGAGGCGCAUCUCAACACCUCGUUCAAACAUUUCACGUUUUUCAUCCAGGAGUUCAACUUGGUUGAUAAGAAAGAACUAGCUCCAUUGCAGGAGCUCAUUGAUAAACUGAUUUCCAAAGGCAGCAGCAGUCAUCCUUCGGGCUCGCGGUGAUAUUCCGUAGCGCUUUAAGCAGUUAUUUACCUGUCAAUGCAUCUCGUUAUUCAGUUGCAUUCUUUUAUAAGUAUGUUUUCGCGCUUUUAAAGAGCGGCUAUUUUGCUUUUUUGGUGUAUAAUUGUUGAGAAUCUGCUUUUAAAUUUUUAUCUGUUGUAGAGAUUAAGUAAAUUCAUACUGGUUUAUGUUUAUUUAUCUUCCUUGUUGUUGCCCGUUCAUAAAAAACCAGUUGCAUUUCGAAUUAAUCAU